CAAACCCACAACCCCCACAGCGACCCACGAUGCGUCUCGCCAGCGGUCACGUCGCCGUCCAGCUGGAAGGCGAAGAGUUAGCGAAGAUUCAGAGAGACUUUGAAGGUUACAGGAAGGGCCUGGUUCGCCUGACGCCCGGGGGUUGGGUGUUACCGGCGCCCUAUCCCAAGUACGCGGACAAGCUAUACAAUACGAAGUUCCGUGAGACUGACGUCGUCAUAAUGACGUACCCGAAGUGCGGAACGACGUGGACGCAGGAGGUCGUGUGGACCAUGAGGAACAACCCGAACCUCGACCACCCGAAGGCCAGCGCCCCGGUCAGCGUUCGUUCGCCUUUCAUCGAUUCCGACAUGCUCAUGGCAAUGGGGAAAGAGGGAACGACAAGUCUCAUGUCCGAGUUCCUCAAAGGCGCUGUUCCAGAUCCUGACCCCAACGAAGGCAUCGCCCUCCAGCUGACCGCCCACACACCUGAUCCUCGAACCAUCAAAACUCACCUGCCGUUCUCCCUCAUGACCCCUGACCUCCUCGAUACGGCCAAGGUGAUCUACGUGGCAAGGAAUCCCAAGGACGUGGUCUUGUCCUUCCUUCACCACACACGCUUCAUGAAAAAUAUAAGCUACGUGGGCUCCUUGGAACAAUUCGUCGACUAUUUCGUUAAUGACCAGUAUAUAAAAAGACUGGCAUUCCAACAGUUCCGUAAGACUGACGUCGUCAUAAUGACGUACCCGAAGUGCGGAACGACGUGGACGCAGGAGGUCGUGUGGACCAUGAGGAACAACCCGAACCUCGACCACCCGAAGGCCAGCGCCCCCGGUCAGCGUUCGUUCGCCUUUCAUCGAGUGAUCUACGUGGCAAGGAAUCCCAAGGACGUGGUCUUGUCCUUCCUUCACCACACACGCUUCAUGAAAAAUAUAAGCUACGUGGGCUCCUUGGAACAAUUCGUCGACUAUUUCGUUAAUGACCAGUAUAUAAAAAGACUGGCAUUCCAACAGUUCCGUAAGACUGACGUCGUCAUAAUGACGUACCCGAAGUGCGGAACGACGUGGACGCAGGAGGUCGUGUGGACCAUGAGGAACAACCCGAACCUCGACCACCCGAAGGCCAGCGCCCCGGUCAGCGUUCGAUUACAUAUACUCCUCGAUACGGCCAAGGUGAUCUACGUGGCAAGGAAUCCCAAGGACGUGGUCUUGUCCUUCCUUCACCACACACGCUUCAUGAAAAAUAUAAGCUACGUGGGCUCCUUGGAACAAUUCGUCGACUAUUUCGUUAAUGACCAGUUGAUCUACGGGCCGUACUGGGAGCACCUUCGCGAGGCCUGGCCCAGGAGGGAUCACCCCAACAUGCACUUCGUCUUUUACGAAGACAUGAAGGCGGACCCCAUGGCGGAGCUGAGGAAACUGAACCAAUUCCUUAGAACUGAUCUGACGGAGGAACAGCUGGAGAAGAUCGUUCAGUACACCAGCUUCGAGGAGAUGAAAAAGCACGAGCAGGAUGCAUUGCAAGGGAAGAACAUGGCCACGUUUGUUAAUGAAGAAGUGGUAAAGAAAGACGGAGGAUUUUACAGGAAAGGCGAAGCUGGUGGGUGGAAGGACCGCCUCACGGAUAUGCAGGCAGCCAAAAUAGAUGCAUGGACGAAGAAGAACACGUUGGAUCUCGGAAUCACCUUCAAAUAUUCAAUUUAGUGUUCUAGAUGUGUGGAAUACAGUUAUAGGCUUAUUCGCUCUCUCUGGCUCUGGUUCUGUCUCUCUCUCUUUCUCUUUCGCUUUCUCUCUCUCUCUCUCUCUCUCUCUCUCUCUCUCUCUCUCUCUCUCUCUCUCUCUCUCUCUCUCUCUCUCUCUCUCUCUCUCUCUCUCUCUCUCACACACACACACACACACACACACACACACACACACACACACACACACACACACACACACACACACACACACCCUCCCUCCCUCCCUUUCUUUCUCUCAAAAUCAUUCUCUCAUACUCUGACAAAGGGCAUAUCCAGAGAUGUAUUUAUCUGGUUCUUUCUGUAAGUACCCUUAUCCUGUCCCCUAACUGAUUGUGUAUUUUGUUCCAUAUUACGACUUCCCUCUUAGCAAAGGGCGUCUCUUAGAGACCUUGUUAUUUCAGUGAUAAUGUUUGUUUAUUUUCUUUCCGUUUAUGGCUGCUACUAAUAAACCCGAUGAGUGGUAAUAAUAUAAA